CAGAAGGUCACAAAGCUUGCAGGGUAAAUGACACAACCCGACACUGCUGGGCUUCGUUUACAAAGAAAUAAUAAGAUGGGAGAGAAUGAAGCCAGUUCACCUAACACAUCUUUACAAGGUAAAAAGAUGGCUUAUCAGAAGGUCAAUGCAGAUCAAAGAACUUCUGGCCACUCACAGUAUUUAGACAAUGAUGACCUUCAAACCACUGCCCUGGACUUAGAGUGGGACAUGGAGAAGGAAUUAGAGGAGCCUGGUUUUGACCAGUUCCAACUAGAUAAUGCCGAGAAUCAGAAUCUGGGACACUCAGACGCCUCAGAUCUCCAUCUUGAUUGUAUUCAACCAGCAACUUCACCUAAAGGAAGGUUCCAACGACUUCAAGAAGAGUCUGACUAUAUUAGCCACUAUACAAGAUCUUCACCAAAGAACAGCCGUGGCAGCGUUUGCCACUUUUUAAAAUUGCUUACCAUAGCUACAGUUUUAUUUAUUUUUGGAAUUUUGAUAGGCUAUUAUACACAUGCAAACUGCCCUUCAGAUGCCAUAUCUUCAACAACCAAUGAGCCUCAGUUAUACCAAGAGAUUCUCAAAACAAUCCAGGCAGAAGAUAUUAAGAAGUCUUUUAGGAACUUGGUACAACUUUAUCCAAGUGAGGAUGACACAGACAUUUCAAAGAGAAUUAAGACUCACUGGACUUCAUUGGGUCUAGAAGAUGUGCAGUUGGUCAAUUACUCUGUGCUGCUGAGUCUGCCUGGUGCUUCCCCUAGCACUGUGACCCUGACCCCCAGUGGCCAGUGCUUCCUUCCUUCCGGCCAGCCUUGCAACCAAGAAGACAGAAAAGACAACAGCCAAAAUAUGCUCUACUCCUAUGCUGCCUAUUCUGCCAAAGGAACUCUCCAGGCUGAAGUCAUCGACGUGAGUUAUGGAACCAGAGAGGAUUUAAAAAGGAUAAAAAAAAUGAAAAAUACAACAAAUCAAAUUGCACUCUUAAAAUUAGGAAAAUUGCCACUACUUUAUAAGAUUUCCUUGUUGGAAAAGGCUGGAUUUGGAGGUGUUCUUCUAUAUAUUGAUCCUUGUGAUUUACCAAAGACUGAAAAUCUUAACCAUGACACUUUCAUGGUGACCCUGAACCCUGGAGGAGAUCCUUCCACACCUGGUUACCCGAGCAUCGAUGGGAACUUUAGACAAAGCAGGACAAACCUCACCUCCUUGGUAGUACAGCCCAUCUCUGCCUCCCUGGUGGAAAAACUGAUCUCGUUGCCAGCAGCGACAACCAACAAGGAUCUCUGUACCCCUCUAGAACUUCCACAGAAAGAGAAAAGAAUUAUCCGCCUGCAAGUACAAACAGUUACAAAGUUUAAAACCAUCUCUAAUGUUGUUGGAUAUGUCAAGGGCCUAAUAUCCCCAGACCGAUAUAUUAUAGUUGGGAGCCAUCAUGAUGGUGGAUUAACUUAUGUUGGACAAGAAUGGGCCAGUAGCACUGCUGUGAUCACAGCUCUGAUUCGAUCAGUGAUGCUGAGAGUGAGGAGAGGAUGGAGACCAGACCGCACCAUUGUUUUCUGCUCAUGGGGAGGAACAAAGCUGGGAAACAUUGGUUCCUAUGAAUGGGGAGAGGAUUUCCAGAAAGUUCUUCAAAAAAAUGUUGUGGCUUAUAUUAGUCUCCAUAGUCCCGUCAGGGGCAGCUCCAGUCUCUACUCUGUAGCAUCACCGUCACUUCGGCAACUGGUAGUAGAGAAAAUUAAGUUCAACUGUACCAGAAGAGCACAUUGCUGGGAGAACAAUGUCAGUUCUGUACAGAUCCAAGGAGAUGCCCAGUACUUCAUCAACGAUCUUGGAAUUCCCACUGUGCAGUUCGUGUAUGAGGACAAGAAGGCCUUGGAGGGUCCAAGUUUUCUCUCUGAGGCCAUUUUUCCUAAGCCUGCAACAAAAAUUGAAGAAACAGAUCCUUUUUUCAACUUUCAUACAACAAUUGCCAAGCUCUCCGGGGAAGUGCUUUUGCAAAUUGCCAGCGAUCCAGUUCUUCCUUUUAAUGCUCUUGAUAUAGCUUUAGAAGUGCAAAACAGACUUAAAGGUGAUCAGCCUUGUACUCAUCAGCUGCUAGACAUGGCCUCACGCCUGCGGGAGAGUACUGAACUCUUCCAGUCAAAUGAGAUGCGACCAGCUAACGACCCCAAGGAGAGAGCCCCCACCCGGGUCCGCAUGCUGAAUGACAUCCUCCAAGACAUGGAGAAGAGCUUUCUGGUACAACAGGUGCCACCAGGGUUUUACAGAAACAUCCUGUACCGCAUGGAUGAGAAGACACCACAGUUCUCAGUGCUCCUGGAGAUCCUGGAGCACUGCGAGUCACAGCCAUCAAAUGAAACCUUCCAAGCCGCCAUAUCAGAUGUGUGGAGCAGCAUUAAUUCAGCUCAGGUGUACUUCAAAGCAGGACUCCAUGUGUUCGAGAAUGUCUUGGAUGGAAAGAACUGAGAAAACUCUUGUAUUAAAAAAACAACUGUUUACAAUUCUGCAAGAAAAAUCUCUAAUCUGACCAGAUUUUCUGACAUUGAAGACUUUUUUCCAAUUGCUUUUCUUAUUAUUCCAAUGUAUUUUUAAUGAACAUAUGAAACACAUUUUGCACAUUUGAUAUUCAUAUAUCUAUUUCUGAAUAGGUAAAUGCAAGUUAUUGAGUUAAUACUUAAGAUUUAUCCAUUAAAAAGACAUCUGCUGUAUUUUUAUAUAUAAAGUGUUUUUUAUGGGGGGUCAAAUUUCAAGAAGUUUUGGGCACCUUCAUUCCUGUGGACAGGACAUGUUCUUAAUGAAAGCUUUUAGAAUAGAAAUGGAGAAUUGAUAGAGUUUCAGAUUAACUUCUCUAUGAAAUGUUCAGUGUAAUGAUUUCCAAGUAUUCUGAAUGGGUUGCCCAAAAUCACUUUGAAUGUUACUAUUUUCUGAAAUGAAGUUUCUCUUCUUAACACAACUCAAUGUAGUAAUACACUGUUUAUGAAAUUGUAUUUUUUAAGUAUUAAUGAAAAAAUAGGAGCUAUAAACAUUCCAAGGAAAAAUCUCCAGAUAGCUGCACAGUGCAAUUUAAAUGCAAAUUUUUUUCCUAACAACAUAUAAGGUGACUAGCUUUGAGCUCCCCCUCCCGCCAUAACUUUGCCCAAGUUGAUUUAUAAGAGUUUCAGGAGUGAUGUAUGUCUUAUGAGAAAGAAAUUAUUUCUUUCUUCUUUUUUCUCUGGCUUGUGUUAAAAUAAGAGAAACAAAGCAUCCAUAAAAUGAAAGCAUCCAGGAGUUUUUUUCCUUCUUUUCUGAAGCUCCUCCUUAAUGCAAG